AUGCUCGACUUCAUCCACGAACUGUACGCUCGCUCGGCGUUGAACCUAUCGGCUUGGUCAGGAUCCUUAGAAGCAUGCCUCGCUCGUCAAGGAUAUCCGAUCAAAGGUCAAGACGUUUUACGCAGGAAGAUGGCCUCCACGGUGAAGUGGUACAACUACAUGGUUGCCCAGAAGGAGGCCGUGAUUGAUAGCGUGGUGUGGAAUGCUUCCCGGGACUCGCUUCAAGUGUUCAAUGGGGAAUCAGCUUGGCGGGAGGGGGAGGACGUCUGCGGGGAAGAUCUAGCGUUUGACGCGAUAGAGGAUCAGGAUAACGAUUGGGAAGAUGUUGGGUUGGAUGAGCCGUCUCGUUAUCUUCAAGACCGAUGUCCCUUGUGUUUCAGCUCUCGCCGAGGUACUCGUGAAUGCCAAUCAGAGGUUAUCCUCUGCUUGGAUGCAAACUUUACACAGAAGCGACGAAAUCCAGCACGCGGAGAGGACCGAAGCCCACCGUUAAUUCACCCCUUCUCAGUAUUCCUUUUACAAGAGGAAGUUUCGAAAGCCAAGGCAUAUGUGGAGGGCCUUCGGCCAUCGGAGUCGAGAGGAGCAACAGGGCCAGCAAGGACCAAACCCAACACAGGCGCAGAAGAAGAUUCAGUCGAUUCUGGUAUGCGCGUGCCUAACUCGGUCCUCGAUGGUUGUUUGGAGUCUUUCACCGCCGCCGACGAAAAACGAACGAAGGCCAGCACUCGCCUAUUCGCAGAUACGGGACUGAUGGCACUCCUAUGUCGCCAUGAUAGGCCUUUGUGGCUGGUUAACAUGAUGUCCGCAGGGGAAAGGCAGUACUACGCCAUUGCACUGCUUCUCAAGUUUUUCUCCCAUGUUCCGGAUGACAUGACACUCGGCCUUCUUUACGAUGUAGCCUGCCAGCUCCAUCGCAGCUGUAUGAAAUGGGGUUUUCUAAAGGAGUAUCACCCCCGAAUACGCUGGAGCGUCUCUGUAUUCCAUGCGUACGGGCAUCAGUGGGCCUGUCAGCUCAUCUACCAUCCACGCAAAUGCGAUGGAUUCGGGUUAUCAGAUGGGGAGGGUUGUGAACGCUUUUGGGCUGCAAUCAAAAUACUUAUACCGGCGUUACGUGUGUCUGGGUACCAUCAACGACUGUUUGCAAUCGACGGACUGGUGGCAUAUCUCAACGCGAAAUCACUUCGUUCUUUGGGACGUUGGCUGGGCCGGAAGUGGGACCAUUGUCAGAAGAAGAAGGCAGAAGGAGCGACAUUGAUAAACAAGUCUGGUUGUCCGAGAGAGGUGUUAUCGAAGUACUGGGAGGAGCAAGUAGAAAGCCAGACUAAACCGCUGGCGAAGGCCUCAGAACAUGCAGCCAAGCGUGCGGUGAAGGAGAUACUGGCGCUGGUCAAGCAUCGGGAUGGCUUGAAGGUGCAGAUGGCCAAGAUUACCCGACAAAUUCGCCGCAACGACACGACAGUCGAAAUGGACAUGGAGGACCUCGUCACUCUAUCGCUCUCGCUAACCACGAAGAUAAAUGAACUUAACGAAACAAUCGCAAAUCGUCGGCGUGCACUAGGCGCUUCGGCCAAAGACAGUCUAGAUCGGUUGUCCAAGAGCGACUUCGUGAAGAAUCGCCUCAAUGCUGCGGCACUGAAAAGUCGCAUUUGCAAUAAACUUCGAGGGCGCAAGUUUGAACUGGAGCGAUUGGACAGAGCAAGCCGAAACCCAAGCUCAACCGACAAUAAAUUACAGGCUCAAAUCCAGGCCCAAGUGUCGCGACACGAACCAAAUAUCCUCAAGCUGGUAAAGCGGUACAACGACACAGUUGGUGUCAUGGAGUCGCUGAUACAGCAACGCAAGGCCCCGCGCAACGCAAUCGUUCCAAAGCGCAUUCCUAAGGAGCGUCUGUUUACUCUUGACGUGGAUGACCCCAUUUGGGAUAUGCGAGGGUUGGACGACGACGACGACGGAAAAGCACCACCGUGGCUAGCUGACGAUGCUGUGAUACAUGGAAUCCGUGGACACCUGGUAGUUUUGCGAUGUGAAGAGGAGGAGGAAAGGUUGGUCGAGGAGCGGCAACAUCUUCAACAAUGGUCUCGGUCAGUGUGGAAGGGAUUGCAAACGGCCUUGGCACUGGUGUCCAACGACGAUUUACGCUGGGCGCUUGUUAAUCGUCAGAAUGACUUGCUCAGCUUGAUCAUGGAGUGGUCGAAAGAUGUGGUAAGGAUUCCUGGUGAUGACGGCGAUGGAUGGGGCCCCACGGAGCGGGAGUUAAGAACUCACAUUUACCGUGUAUCGCAGCAGGAGUUCGCGUUCAAUGUGGGAUUCGACAAAGUUGUAACAUGUCAAGACAACGAUCAUGAUGACUUGGCAUUGGAGGACGACGAAGAUGAAUGGUACAUUGAGGGAGAUGAUGAGCUUUUGGAGGUGGUCGAUGGGAUGUAUUUAGGAGAGCUGUAUGGACAGGACACCUAUGAUGAUAUGGAAGACACACUGUAG